ACGUUCACCUAAAGCAUUAUAAUAAUAAGAAGUUGCUAACCUUCUACAACAUUGCUUCAAAUAACUAGGUUGUCCAAGUUAAACUUGAAAGUCUAAGUCUUUGCACGGGCAUAUAUAUUUAAUUAAACGUAACUUUGCUUUAUGGUUAAAGUCUGGACUCUGCGUGCUUAUAAAUUUCAAGCAAUAUUUCCAUAAUUGGGGCAUCGGUAACAAUGGAAAUAACGAGGUUCGUUUUUUCUCUCUUCUUCUUGGUAAUGAUGGCGGUGGGAUCUUCGGGUUCUCCGACCCAUUGGAGAAGAAAAAGGGUUCGUGAGCCGUGCAAGAAGUUGGUGUUCUAUUUCCACGACAUAAUCUACAAUGGUCAUAACUCCAAGAACGCAACUUCAGCCAUUGUGGGAUCACCCGCAUGGGGAAACAGGACCAUACUUGCAGGGCAGAACCAUUUCGGCGACCUGGUUGUGUUCGAUGACCCUAUCACCUUGGACAACAAUCUGCACUCAGCAGCCGUAGGACGUGCCCAAGGGUUCUACAUUUACGACAAGAAGGAGAUUUUCACGGCUUGGCUUGGCUUCUCCUUCGUGUUCAACUCGACGGAGCAUAAGGGUAGCAUCAACUUCGCAGGUGCAGACCCUUUGAUGAACAAAACGAGGGACAUUUCGGUGAUUGGAGGGACCGGUGAUUUCUUCAUGACUAGGGGUGUGGCCACUCUCUCUACGGAUGCAUUUGAAGGGGAGGUUUAUUUCAGGCUUCGUGCGGAUAUCAACUUGUUCGAGUGUUGGUGAUUAAGCUGAUUGGAACAAUCUUCUCUGAUCAGGGUUUCUUGUUUUGUGUCAUUUGUGUAACCUUUUUUCCUUUCCUUUCCUUGAUGAUGUGUUGGAGGAAUACGACGUGGGAGUUCUGUUCUGUUCUGUCUCCACGGCUUAAGGUCGACGUUGUCAUUUUUCCUACUCAUCAGAACUAAUUGAAUAAUGCAAAAACAUCAACAUUUUUCUUGGACCAA